AUGCCGUUUGUUGCAAACACGCCCGAGUCACUGCUCGCGCGCUCCGACUCCAAAGAUCCCAAGUCGACCUGUCGUGGCAUUACAUCCUCCGGGCGUCCAUGCCGCCGGCCCCUCGCCGCGGCCACGCGGUACGGUGGCGGCCGCCACCUGACCGCCGUACUCGACGACGACCCCGCGGAUGAGAGCCUGUACUGCUGGCAGCACAAGGAGCAGGCGAGCCACUCUGCGGCGUCCAGCCCGGGCCCCAAAGGCAGCAGCGGGUAUGCGGCGGUGCCGACGAUUCGCGAGGAGCGCACGAGUCUGGAUACCUUGGCAGACAGGCUGGGCCUGGUGGACAUUGGCGACAAGUACUCUGCCGCGCGUCCGAGCAAACCUCCUGGGAAAAGGCCUGGUGGAGGGGCAUCGGGUACGCCAAUCUAUCCACCGGGAUUCCAGGGCAAACCUGCGCGACCCUCGCGGCCGCCGCAGCAGCAGCACAAGAAAAAGAAGCAGCCGGCCAGCCAGCUCCAGUUGUGCUGCUGCCUCAGCAUUCCGAUCGAGCAGGUCGAGGAUGAGCCGGCGGAGAAGCCAAAGCCAAAACCUUCAAACCAGCCUUAUCAGCAGGAGCCAAUGCCGACAUAUCAACCUCAGCGACCUUCUACAGCAUCAUACUCUAGCCAUUAUCGUCCACCCUCUUCGAAAUACUGCCGGCCGCCGAUGCCAUCGCCCGCGAAAAGCUCCAAGUCAGAAACAUCAGUCACGGCACAAUUGAAGCAUCUUAUACCAAACUCGCUGGACGCUGCUACUGCAUCCCUACUCAUGGCCGAGCUCGUCCGGCCUGUCACCGAGUCCGACGAGCCCGGCUACAUCUACAUGUUCUGGCUCGUGCAGGAGCCGGACAGCAACAGCACACAGCCGCGUGCUCCCGUCGAAGCAGCACGGUCCCUCCUUGCCCCUCCGUCGUCCUCAUCGCCCGCCCGCGGCCGCCGCGCCAGCGACACCGUCUCCCGGUACGCCUCGCAGUCGCACAGGGACGGCCGGCCCGGCAAGCAGACCAUGCUCCUCAAGAUUGGCCGCGCCGCCAACGUCCAGCGCCGCAUGAACCAGUGGCAGCGCCAGUGCGGGUACGACAUUGAAGUCCUGCGGUACUACCCCUAUGCAUCCUCGUCGUCGCCAACGCCGACGCCGUCGCCAGGCAGGCAUCGGCGGGGGAGCGAGUCGCCACCCACGGCGGCAGCGGGUAUGAUGACGCCGCACGCGAAGCGCGUGGAGCGACUGGUUCAUAUCGAACUCACCGGGAUGGGAUUCCGGGCUGAAAAAGAGACGUGCAAGGCCUGUGGGAGGGAUCACAGGGAGUGGUUCGAGGUGGCGAGUACAAGAGACGAUGUGAGAAAGGUGGAUGAGGUGAUUCGCAGGUGGACGGAGUGGGAUUGCCGGGAGGAAUAG